AUGAUCUUGGCAAACGCCUUCUGCCUCUUCUUCUUUUUAGACGAGACCCUCCGCUCUUUGGCCAGCCCUUCCUCCCCGCAGGGCCCCGAGCUCCACGGCUGGCGCCCCCCAGUGGACUGUGUCCGGGCCAAUGAGCUGUGCGCGGCCGAAUCCAACUGCAGCUCCCGCUACCGCACGCUGCGCCAGUGCCUGGCCGGCCGGGACCGCAACACCAUGCUGGCCAACAAGGAGUGCCAGGCGGCCCUGGAGGUGCUGCAGGAGAGCCCGCUGUACGACUGCCGCUGCAAGCGGGGCAUGAAGAAGGAGCUGCAGUGCUUGCAGAUCUACUGGAGCAUCCACCUGGGGCUGGCCGAGGGUGAGGAGUUUUAUGAAGCCUCACCCUACGAGCCAGUGACCGCCCGCCUCUCGGACAUCUUCAGGCUUGCUUCAAUCUUCUCAGGGACAGGGGCAGACCCGGCAGUCAGCGCCAAGAGCAACCACUGCCUGGAUGCCGCCAAAGCCUGCAACCUGAACGACAACUGCAAGAAGCUGCGCUCCUCCUACAUCUCCAUCUGCAACCGCGAGAUCUCGCCCACCGAGCGCUGCAACCGCCGCAAGUGCCACAAGGCCCUGCGCCAGUUCUUUGACCGUGUGCCCAGCGAGUAUACCUACCGCAUGCUCUUUUGCUCCUGCCAGGACCAGGCGUGCGCCGAGCGCCGCCGCCAGACCAUCCUGCCCAGCUGCUCCUACGAGGACAAGGAGAAGCCCAACUGCCUGGACCUCCGCAGCCUGUGCCGGACGGACCACCUCUGCAGGUCCCGGCUGGCGGACUUCCACGCCAACUGUCGUGCCUCCUACCGGACGCUCACCGGCUGCCCCACCGACAAUUACCAGGCGUGUCUGGGCUCCUAUGCUGGCAUGAUCGGGUUCGAUAUAACACCCAACUACGUGGACUCCAGCCCCACUGGCAUCGUGGUGUCCCCCUGGUGCAGUUGUCGUGGGAGCGGAAACAUGGAGGAGGAGUGUGAGAAGUUCCUGAGGGACUUCACCGAGAACCCGUGCCUCCGGAACGCCAUCCAGGCCUUUGGCAAUGGCACAGAUGUGAACCUGUCCCCUAAAAACCCCUCGUUCCAGGCCACGCAGGCCCCUCGGGUAGAGAAAACGCCUUCUUUGCCAGAUGACCUCAGUGAUAGCACCAGCCUGGGGACCAGCGUCAUCACUACCUGCACAUCUCUCCAGGAGCAGGGACUGAAGGCCAAUAACUCCAAAGAGUUAAGCAUGUGCUUCACAGAGCUCACGACCAAUAUCAUCCCAGGGAGUAAAAGGGUGGUCAAACCUAACUCAGGCCCCCGCAGAGCCAGACCAUCGGCUGCCUUGACCGCUGUCUCCUUCCUGAUGCUGAAGCUGGCCUUGUAG